UGGCGCGCCAGCACAGCACUUGGUAUGUGCUCGGAGUAUAUAUCAUUUCACUUCACCCCCUCCCAACGCCGGUACGGUAACCGACCAACCCACUGACUUUCCUCAACGCAAAAGACAGAAACGUCCCGACCCAUGUCCACAACCCUAUCGCGUCCCCAGGAAAGCUCUGUCCUGGGUGAAUCCUGGGUAGUGCCAUCGUUACCAUCGCUGCCUGAGAAGGAACGGCAAAAUGACAGAACCGAGACAAACAACCCAGAUCCGCGACAACAAUCAGAGACAAACAAGGAGGAUGGUUCAAACACAAUGAAUACAUCUGGUUCGUUGAUAUCGGGGCCUGAGCUUAUUAUGCCGUCGAUAUGCGAGGAACCGAUUCUGAUGUCGCACGUACGGUCAAGACAAUCUUCUCCGUCAAAUUCGCAGACGUUGAAACAAAGGCGUACACCGUCGAAGAAGACAGUGGAAGAUCGUGAGGAUACACCAUCUGAGUCGCCCAUGAAGGAAAAAAUGAGGAACCCAAAGAAGCAGGUCGAUAAUGGAUCAAAAUGGGCAUCAGGCUGGACGUGGGAAAGGCCCAUCCGCGCCAUAACCAACCUGCUCCUCAUCGCAGCCAUCUCGCAUCUGCUCGUAGUUCCCGAAGUGGUCUAUCAUUCCCGACACCUCUGCACGAUUCCAACUAUACCCGCUCUCUAUCCUACAAGCUGUUCACAGCUAUUCCAUUCCGGUCACUACAACCACCGCCCACCACCAAACCGCUACGACUCUGUCCUUUCCCUUCAAACCCAACUCGAAAUCCUCUUCAACUCGACACUCGAAGAAAUAACACCCUACGCCAACAGCCUCCCCGAAACCGAAUCCCUCCUCCGCGAUAUCCAAACCGCCAUGAAACAAGUCCAGUCGGGGCCCCGGCACGAACUCUCACUUGAAUACGACGGUUGUCGACAAGCACUUACCACGGCGACACGCAAACUCGAUUCUCUCAAGGCGGACCUCCGCUCUGCGGUUGAUAGUCUAAUGGCGACGGGCGGGUUACCACAAGACAACCAGAAUCACCACCGUGUCGCGAAGGAUGUCCGGCUGUCGACUCAAAUGGCCAGGAGGGAGAAAUACCUCGAUCAACUGGCGGCACGGAUGCGGUUGAAGACGGACUCGCUGACGGGAGAUUUUGCGAUAGUGGCUGACCAUCUGGAGUCGCUUAAGCGGAUUGUCGCGCAGCAGGCUUCAUUGCAGUCUCCGCAUGGUGAUGAUGGGAAUGGUGACCGCGAUGAGUCGAACAUGUACAAGAAUGUCCGCUCGUUUGUCGAUUUCAUUGUCCCCGGAUGGAAUGUACUUCGGUGAUCCUAUCAUGCCGCUGAUUCCAGUAGAAUAACUGGCCCCACCCCCAAUUCCCCAUGUCUCAGAAUUCGCUCGUCCUUCGACUGUUUCACCGACAUGAAAUUGCAUCCCUCUCAUGACCCCCUAUUGAUGACGUCUUAUACCCUCCUGUUAAUCCUCUGUCUAUACCCUUAUGUAAUGCCUAUGCCUAGUUAACGCCUAGAAUGUGGAAAAUGAUAUCAUGUUAAUGAAAGCGCAUAUCAAUUGCCCCUGAUCUACCAGAAAGCUCCUAUCAGAAGUACGGAGUGCAAAAUGUAUGUAAAGUCACGCAAUGCCUCUAUGUUAUGGUAGCAUAAGUGAGUCUUGUAAAAGAGGAAAAAGAAGCAGGA